AUGCCAGGACCCCGGCAGAUAUUCAUUGCCGUCAUAGGCGCGGGAGGAGUCGGGAAGUGCUUUCUGACGCAAUUGAAGACGCUGGCAUCACGACUGUCGCAAUCGCACGCUGCACCUACAUACUUCUCGCUGGUAUUGCUUUCCACCAGUAAGAAGCUGAUUUACAGCCCCACGUACCAGCCGCUCAGUCUGAGCACUUGGGAAGAGCAGCUACAGACUUCCAGCACGUCGGCGAAGAGUCCCGCCGAUGUGCUGGAGUUUCUGGCUAAGGCGGAUGAGCCUGUGGUAUUGAUUGACAAUACAAGCAACCAGGAGUGGGCGGACAGCUAUCCCUCCUUUCUGAAGCAAGGCAUUAGCAUUGUCACGCCUAACAAGAAGGCAUUUUCGAGUAGCUAUGCGUUGUGGAAGGAUAUAUAUGCUUCAGCGAGAAAUGGGGAUGGGAAGGGUGGUUGGAUCUAUCACGAGAGCAGUGUUGGCGCCGGGCUUCCGGUCAUCUCGACGCUGAAGGAGCUUGUCGAGACAGGAGACGAGGUGCGGAAGAUUGAAGGUGUUUUCUCGGGCACUAUGAGCUUCCUUUUCAAUAGUUUCAUGCCCGUUGGCGGAGGCGGUGGAUCAUUUUCCGCCGAAGUGAAGAAGGCCAAGGAUUUGGGAUACACUGAGCCUGAUCCCCGCGAUGAUCUGAAUGGCUUAGAUGUGGCACGCAAACUGACCAUCCUCGCUCGUCUAGCUGGCCUACCUGUGGAAAGUCCCACAAGCUUCCCUGUUCAAAGCUUGAUCCCAACAGCAUUGGAAUCGUGCAAGACUGGGGACGAGUUUAUGCAAAAGCUGGGUGAAUAUGACGGGGAAAUGGAGAAAUUGAAGAAAGAAGCUGCAGCUGAGGGUAAGGUUGUCAGGUUCGUUGGAAGUAUCGACGUCGGCAAGAAAGAGGAGGCUGACGACACCCUCACCAGAUUUGACGCAUCACACCCAAUCGCAGCACUCAAGGGUAGUGACAACAUCAUUAGCUUCUAUACCGCGCGGUAUGGGGAGAACCCUUUGAUCAUUCAAGGCGCUGGGGCAGGUGGCGAUGUGACUGCAAUGGGGGUGACUGGCGAUCUAAUCAAAUGCCUACGACUGAUGCAUUCAUGA